AUGGAAGGAAUUUCCUUGAUCCCCAGCUUUGCUCGCGGCCUUAAUAUUCUUCUGGUGGAUCAUGACACAAUGUCCCUCUUGUACCUUGCAUCACUGCUUGAACAAUAUUCAUUCCAGGUCACCACCACUGAAGUAGCAUCUCUUGCAUUGUCUAUGAUUUGUGAACAAGAGGACCGAUUCAAACUUGUCAUAGCAAACAUGAACAUGCCGGAUAUGGAUGGCCUUUCUUUUCCGCACAUACUUCUUAAGAAGGACAUUCCUUUCAUUUUGAUGUCCUCCGAAAGAGAUGUAAACGUAGCCCGGAGAGCCUUGGCUGAAGGGGCAUGUUAUUUCCUUGAGAAACCAAUUUGUUUGGAGGAUCUCAAACAUGUAUGGCAACAUGUUUAUCGCAGGAGAGGAAACCCUAUGAAGAAAAGCCUAAAAGCAAUUAGUAAUGAAGGAAAGGUGAACAUUAGCAAGGAAUCUCAAGGUUCUAAAACCAAAGAGGCAGGUGGUGUCUUGCACGGCAUUGACAGGCAACAUAUGACAAUGGAUCCCAAAGGGAAAAACAAGCAACAAGAAGUAGAAGUUGGGCUUGUUGUUGGGAAAAACCACGUUAGAGAAUCCGAAAAUACUUGCAUGGAGUGGCUGAGGGCGUCAUCAGAGAGCCAGAAACAAGGAAGAAUCGUCAUGAAGAGAGCAAAUGAUGGCGGUGAAAGCAAACAACAAGAGAUCAAGAGAAGUAAGUUGAGCUCAGAACGUCAAAUGGAUUUCGUAAGUGCUAUGAGAGCCAUUGAGGAGGAAAGGCCGGCGGAAAGGAAAGAUAACAAUAAAAGCUCAACUGAUCAAAAGAAGUCACGAUUUCUUUGGACUCCAAAGCUACAUCUCAAGUUUACAGCAGCCCUUAGUGCGCUAGGCGAUAAAAAUGCUCGACCGAAGAAAAUACUAAAGAUGAUGAAUGUGUCUAAUUUGACCGUGCGCCAGGUUGCCAGUCAUCUACAGAAAUACAAAGCUCAAGUACAGCGUAUCAACGAGACUGUUGUCACUAAUUUACCUCUCAUAAGUAAAUCAUCUGGUCCCUAUGGCAGAACUGAAAUUGCACAAUCACACAAGAAGCAGAUUUUUCUUCCCUCCCAAUUAGGAUAUGAAAGUUCUAAUUUUGGAUAUAAGAGCUUGUGUGCCAAUCCAAAUUCAUAUCUUUCCACUGACACCAAUGGUUUUCCAUACCAUCUAAACAAGAACGAAAACAGAGAGGGGAAACUAGCCCUUGGGUUAGAAGGGAGCAGUGUUCAAGUACCGGAAUUGGAGCUACCAAAUUUGAAAACAGAAACCCAGAACCGAUUUUCGUUGGAUUCUACGGGGACAACUCCAGGUGAUGCAAUCAAUGUAGAAGAAUUUCUAGCCGACUUCAACAAUGAGAGUCAACAAUUGGAAGCUAUAACAGAGCAGGUUCCUCCAAACCAACCCCUGAUCGAAUAUGGUGAUCUAUUGAAAGUGCUUGAAGAAGACCCAGAAGAUCUAGAGUUGUACGAUUUUGGCAGUGAUGUUGAUCGAUAUUGUGAAUGGCUGAGGGAGACUUUAGGCGGAAACGUCACAAAUCCAGAACAGUUUGAACUUUGA